CAGCCUGUGGCUGCAGGAGAGGAAAUUGAAUUGUGAGGGACAGAACACCGAUGGCCUGGAAUUACAGCACAAUCAUGGAAACGUCAGCGAUGGGAGUCCAUAUCUGUGCCUUUCUCCUGCUCAGGAAAAGCCUCUGCUGGACACCAUUUACUGCCUUAGGGGUGUAGGAACUGCUUACACAGUAGAAUCAAUCUGAGUAGAUGUUUAGGAUGUUGAUUGUGUGCUAAGACGAUUUCUGUGUCACUGGUAAUCCCGGUCUGACCUGUGAAGCAUCAGGUGCCAACUCCUGUUGUUGCUCCUCCUCCUCCUCCUCCUCCUCCUCCUGCUGCUGCUGCUGCUGCUGUUAAAUUCGAAGGACAAACUAAAACCAAGAGGAUGAAGGUAAAAUGGACCCAGCUGGGUUUGGUGUUCUUCCUCAUUCUGUCACUGGUGAUGACGGGGUGCUUCUUCUGGCAAUAUCAGAUGCCUAAAGUCCUGCCAGAUGAGGGGAUGGGUCACAGUGCCAAAUCAGAGAUGAUGUGUCCCCGUUUCCCCGAGCCUCUACCUCUGGAGCAUCCUAUCCCCAGUCUGAAAGAGGCACUGGAAAAGGUGGACGUUUUGCUUCGGCAGGCCACCAACCCCAUCAGCCUUCCUGCUCUGUCAGCCAUAGUAGUCCUAAAUGACACUGUUUUGUGGACAGGGAACUUUGGAAAGAGAAAUGGCAGUGACCCUCACUCAGGACCACCAAACGAGUACACAAUCUACAGAAUUGCAAGCUUAUCAAAAAUUUUCCCGACGCUAAUGCUGUACAAGUUGUGGGAGGAUGGGAAGAUUGGCUCCCUAGAUGACCCUCUGGAGAAAUAUGUGGAGAACUUCACCAUCAAAAACCCUCUGGGGAAGAUGCGAGACUCGGAGCUGAAAUAUGUGACAGAUGGCCUGAUAUUUCUUGACAGUGGGGAGGUUCAGAUACGCUCAUCUUCAGUCACUCUGCGGAGGAUGGCCAGCCAGCUCUCAGGUCUGCCCAGGAGGCUUCGGGCUACAAAUUUGCUUUGGAAAGGAAAAACUCAGUCUGCAAUCAAUCUUCUACAAGAUGACGUCCUCAUCGCAGAUCCAGGCACCAAAUGUCACUACAGCAAUCUUGCCUUCUCUCUGCUCGCUCAUGUGAUGGCAGAGCGGGUGGCUGGAGCUGACUAUCAGCGAUGGAUCACAGAAAACAUCCUAGACCGGCUGGGGAUGGAAGACACCAGCUUUGACCUCACCCCAGGGAUGCAGAGCCAAUUGGCUGUUGGAGUGUACUCAAAUGGAAAACCAGCCCCGCUCUAUGAUCUUGGCUGGUACCGGCCUUCUGGUCAGAUGUUCUCGACAGCCGCAGAUUUGGCCAAACUCGCCAUGAUGCUGCUGGGCGCGUAUCAUCGCAAGCUGCUGGAGCCAGACUCUUUGAAGAUCAUGCUGACCCCGCUCUUUAGAUGUGAUAAGGAUUACUUUGCUAACCGUACCGGAACACCGUGGGAGGUGAAUGAGCUGAAGGGCUAUGAAGUGUUGCGAAAAGAUGGAGAUUUGGAUGGCUACUCAGCCACUUUUUCCCUGGUUCCCAGACUGAAACUUGGCCUAGUGGUGCUAAUGGCAGGCAGCCGGUCUCAGAAACAAGAUGUGGUCACAAAGGCCUACAGCCUCAUUGUCCCAGCCAUAGAGAAAGCCUUCAGAGGGGCCAAGAAGAUCCUCGUUGCUCCGCCAAACCCAGAUCAUUACAUCGGAUUUUUCACUUACAGCAAUAUCACUUUCUAUGAGAUCAAAGUCGGGCCGGACGGAGUCCUGAUCAUGCAGCAGUUUGGCCCUCAGAUUGAAGAGCUGAUCCCAGAGAAGUACAGGACAAUAAAACUUAACUACCUGGUUGAGCGCGUGUUUAAAGUAGUGUUUGAAAAAGAGUACCCUUGUGUUCUGCGAGUCGGCACUGCUUCGGUGUCCCUGGAAGCCCAAGAUGGCCAGUUAUUUAACUUCUAUGUGUUUAAUAAGCAGGGUUUGGCCCCUGGUUUUGAUGCGCCAGGACUGAACACAUAUAAUGUGGUCAGAAUACCCCGAAGGCCAUCCUUCUCCAGCUGAACCGUAACUGCGCUGUGGCCUAAAGACAAAUGUCGUGUCCUCGGGAUGUGUAAGGGACCGUAAACAGGCGUUCUAAAAUACUGAAUGACUGAAGCGAGAUGUUGAGAUUAUUCUAGAGGUCACAGACAUGAUUGUGCUCUAGAUAUACAGAGAGCACAGAUGAGCGUGGCAACCAACUGUAUAAUGUCCUUCACAGAAAAUGUAUUGUAUAUGAAUGUAUAUGAAUAUAUGAAUGUCCUUCUCAUGCUGGCCCUUCAUUACACUUGGGAACUGAACAAAUUCACACUGUGGUGAGAGUGCUUGUGUUUUUUUUCCUGUCUUCAUUUAAAUUUCACAUUGUAGUGAUCUUUCUGCUCUUGAGUUUUCAUCAGCGGGAACUGCAGAACAACCCUUAUUGUGGCCAUUUACAAGAACAUUUACAUUCAUUUUGUAUUCAACUCUUAAACUGUGAUUCAAGUUGCAUGAAAUGUGUCACGCAUACAUAUUCAUCUGUCUUUGGUGAAGACUGUCUUUGUGUUACUUUACUCCUGGCAGGUAAAAGUGGGACAUUUAAAUGGCAAACAGCUAUUAAAUGGGUGCGUUGCCACAGAUUUUAAACUGAUGAUUUAAAAGCAGCAUGCAGUGACAUGUCACUAAGGCACAAAUUGAUUUUGCUCCACAGUGAGAGGCGAUUAGGGACAGGGACACUUCUGGGUGCUUGUGUGACCCUCCUGUAUAAUCCCUAAAAAUGGACUCCAAUUCAUCCCGACCUCUAACACCAAUAUGAAUAUGAAUACUCUGCUUUGAAGAGGAUAACGCAUUCAAAAGCACAAAAAUAACCCUCCUAGUGAAAAGGCCAGUGUUUUGUUUUGUGUUAGAUAGCUUGUCUGAGAAUGUUAUGGAAAUUAAAUAGGUAUUGAAAAUGUU